GUGUGUGUUGUCAUUCUGAAAUUCAGCAAAUUUUAUUCUAGCUUUUAUCUUUUCAAAAAGAUGACGCCACAGCACUAACAAAUCAAUAUUUCAAGUCUUAUGUUGUGUUCUUAAUGUUACUUUCAGGAUCAGGAUCAGCCAGUUAUAAUCUUUGAAGUGUAGAAUCAAUCAUGGAGAACAAUAAUUUUGUUCCAAAUGGUCUUUUAUUAUCUAGUGAAGAAACAUUUGUUGCUAGGGUGUUAGAAGGAAAAAGAUGGUCACAAGUUGAAGAAAGAACCACAGAGCUGCUUCAAUGUGUUCAGCUUAAUCACAAAUCAGAAGCACUUAGAAAUAAUAUUAUUUCUUACUUAAGGGGCCUCAUCACUAGCCAUGUCCCUUGUCAGGUUUUUGAAUUUGGAUCGGUACCUUUGAAGACUUACUUACCUGAUGGGGAUAUUGAUCUCACAGUUUUUGGCUUCAAUCAAAUUUUGCCUGAAAAUUUCAUUCAGGAGAUUCUGCAAAUCAUACAGAAUCAAAAGGAAAAUGAGUUUGCUGAAUUUAGGGUUAAAGAGGUUAAGCUUGUUCAAGCAGAGGUGAAGGUCAUAAAGUGCUUGAUUGAAAGUUUUGCAGUUGACAUAUCUUUCAACCAAUUGAGCGGUUUAUGUUCACUUUGUUUUCUCGAGGAGGUUAAUCAUUUGAUAGGACAUCAUCAUAUGUUCAAGCGUAGUGUUAUACUUAUAAAAGCUUGGUGUUACUACGAAAGCCGCCUCCUGGGUUCCAACAGUGGACUCUUUUCAACCUAUGGGUUGGAAAUUUUAGUAUUAUACAUAUUUAAUCUUUACAACAAUGAUUUUGCUGGACCACUUCAGGUACUAUUUCGAUUUCUGGAGUUCUUCAGUAAAUUUGACUGGGAAAAUUAUUGCAUUAGCUUGAGUGGACCAGUGCCCAAAGGUUCUCUUCCUAAUAUGAUAGCCGAGUCUCUAAGAAAAGAUUGCCGAAACCAAGAGUUACUGCUCACUGAAUUGUUUCUUAAUGCUUGUAAGACUUGUUAUGGUAAUAUGCCGCGCAGUCAGGAAAAUCACGAGAGACAUUUUGUUACCAAACACAUCGACAUUAUAGAUCCUUUGUGUGCAGAUAACAAUCUGGGGCGUAGCAUCAGUAAAGGUAGCUUCUUUAGGAUAAAGAAUGCAAUUGCUUUUGGUGCUAAGAGGAUGCUGAGAAUUCUUGAAUGCACUGAUGAGAAUCUAAUCGCUGAAUUUGAUUACUUUUUCAAAACCACAUGGAAUAGAAAUGGGAAUGGUUAUUGGAUUCAUGUAAGCGUUUAUAAUCUUUAUAUAAGAAAUAAAAAAAUUGGAAAGCCAACGCGUCAAGAAUCUGAGGAUGAGCAGGCUCUAGCUUCUCGUGAGUUUCAAUAUAAUAACCAAAAGCCUGAUAACCAAUUAUCAGAGAUUCUGCAUAAGGAAGAGCCUGAUUAUUUGGAUGAUUCAGAAAGUAGAAGGAAUCUUCAGUUGAGUGGAUAUUUGCAUGCACUGAUGGGUCAGUCUGCUGCUAAGGAAGAACCUGGUGUUGGGAAUAUGACUGAAAGUAGCAGGAUUGAAUAUCUGGAAGCAGUAAAAGGUGCAAAGUCAGAGAACAAUGAGGUAGUGAGGCAGCAAAAGGAAGAGCAUCAUUUGGAGAGUACUAUGGAAAGUUGUACGAGUCUCGAGUCCAAUGGAUACCUGCAGGCACUUUUGGGAGUGAAAAAAAGUGAUGCAUUUUUUUCAUCACCACCACCAAACAUAUCUUUCUCUCUAGAUGUAGUUCAAUUUCCGGAACUACAAGAGUUUCCCAGUGGCAAAAGAUCAUUAAAUUUGGGACAAGACAGUGUUCAUCCACCUGCUGUAAUAAUCACAGAUAGUAUUGUGAUGAACCCAGAAAUCUGUAAAAACACACCAGCUUCAGACUCAACCUCAGAGACCAGACUCUCAUCCUUGCUUCUGAAGCCAACUCAUCCUCAAGAUGUCCUUGGUCCAUCAAUUGAGAAUGCGGACAUCGUCAGGCAUGAGAACACCACUGCUGAAUCUGAUGCCUUAAAUCUUCAUGCGCUUCAAUCACCAUAUGCAUCUGGUUCAUCUGAGAUACAAUUUCCAUUCUCAAUUAGCAAUAGCAGUCAUGUUGAAGCUUCGCAUUAUAUAGGGAACCAAUUUUCAGAUAUUUUUAAUGGUGAUUUUGUAAAAUAUUGGACAAAUCUUCAAUAUGGGCGAUAUUGUGAGAUUGGACCAUUAGAGGAGCCUUUGCUUCAUCCUCCCACUUUUGAACUGCCGAUGGAUUUUCAAGAGCAAUAUCAUUUGAAAAGGAGGCCUUCAAGUUCUGCGAACGUUGUGGCUCCCAUAGUUCCUGACAUGCCACCAAUACUUGCUUCUGACUCGCAUGAAGGCAUAAAUCAAAGCGUUUCUUUUUGGCUUCCCAAAUUUAGUGGAGGCACUGGGUCCUUCAUGCCAAAUCCACUUGCUUACGACCAGAGAUAUUACAACCGUGAGCUUUCCAACAAACAUCAGAUUGCAAAUUAUAGAUCUGAGAGACCUGGGAAUUCGAAUUAUGACUCAAGGGGAAGGGCUUCUAGAUCCAACAAUGUGCCAAGAAAUUCUAAUUCUAAUUUCAGGGAAAGGUUUUCCAGCCGUGGCCAGAAUUAUUAUAGACAACGUGAGAAACCAGAAGGUAAAAAGAAAGCAUUGCAUCAAGGUGAAGGGUCGAGUAGUGCCGUUAAAGAACUUAAAAAAUUUGAAAAGGGCUCUAAAGAUAUUUCUCCACAUCAGCCCUGAUCGUAAUCCAAUUUUAUCAGGCUUUGGCGGACCUAGGUGUUGGUGAUUGUGUGCACCUGCACGCCUUGAACAUUUAAAACUUAAACAUGCCACCCUCUAUUUUUUUUUUUUUUUUUUUUUUUUUUUUUUUUGCAUUUUGAACCCUCUGGAUAUUUUCUUGCACUGACCUUCUCGCCGUUACUCUAUCUCAUACACAAAACUCCAUCUCCUUGUUCCUCCUCUUGGGCAAACCUUUCUUUCUCUCUCUCUUUUGUUCAGUUUCCACUGCCUUCCUUCAUGCAAUGCAAUGCCUCUAACUGUGAACAUAACAACUCAACAAGGUAACAAAUCUCUCAGAAUUCAUAUUUAGGGGUUAGAAUUUUUUACAAGACUCUACAACAACAACAACUCAGCCUUAUCCACUAAACGGGUCGGCUACAUUUGAUUGGUUAUGCAACUGAAACUAUUAGUAAUAUAUUUUUGCGUUGUGAAAUCGUUGUUAGGGUAUUUUAUAUGUUCAAAAUUGGAGAUUUUGUGUCAAUAUUGAGUUUGUGGGAUUGUUUGUUGCAAUAUGGGUUAAUGGUUCUGUAGAAGAACUAAUGGUUCUGUAUUCUAUAGGCAGAAAAUGCAAGCAUGAUAAAUAACAACUUUCUGGAUUUGGCUUUGUAAAGAAAUGCAUGUCCUUCAUUGAGUCUUGUCAUAUGCAAGUAUCAUUUGUUAUGACAUCACAAGUUGAGUCAUUUAUGAUUAAAAAUUCAUGCCAUUUGUUGACUUAUCCCUACCUUACUUUUUUUUAAACUGCUGUAUUAUAUACAGUUAUUAGACAAUUUAAUUUCGUAACAUUUGCGUGCCAUCAUUAGAUUUUGACGAUUUUGAACUUAAAUAAUUUGCACCUGUUGCCCACUGUCUACAAUGUCUUGGAUAAGCUACUGUUUAUGAUGUUUUGUUGCAUUGAAUUGAACAGUGUUGAUCUAAAUAGAUGCUGGUUUACUAAUAAUAAUAAUAAUUAUUAUUAUUAUUAUUAUUAUUAUGAACCAGAAAGAUUUUCCUUAUUUGUUUGUACUUCUCCCUACUAAACCUUAGACAAUCCAUCCUUUUACACACACACACAAAAAUCAAUAAUAUUACUGAGAGUAUUUUU